AUGGAAGCGCAGCCUUCCUCCAUCCAGCCCAUGUGGGAUUAUGAAACUGAAGCAAGCCACGGGUUCUGCCAGACUUUAGUCAAAUUGAUCAAUAGGAGAUACGUUAUAGUUGAGAGCAUUGAUCCCCAUGGAUCUCCUCCCACCGUUGCUCUAGUACUCGCCGUCCUAUUGUUGGCGCUGACCUUGGCCCUAUUGGGGGCAGCCCAUCACUUGGGCCUCAUCUACCAGCUCUUCCAUAAGGUUGACCCCAGGAGCCCCCGCCAUGGGGGCGAGUUGGUGGCCGAGGUCCUGAGGUCCCACGGUGUCGGGGUCGUGUUUGCGCUGGCGGGGGGUCACAUCUCCCCCAUUUUAGUGGCCGCCGAGAAGGUCGGGAUCCGCGUGGUGGAUACGCGGCACGAGGCCACGGCCGUGUUCGCUGCUGACGCCGUGUCCAGGUUAUCAGGUAUAGGGGGGUAUAGGGGGCUGUAG